AAAAACAGGCGUCAAGAGGUUCUCUACACAAGGCUGCUAUUAGUGGACAAUGCGAGACGCUCAAAAUGCUUCUUGACAAUGGUGAAGAUGUGGAUCAAAGAGAUCAGGUUUUAUUUUAGUGUUUUUGGUUAUCAGGUAAAGAAUUUAAAGGGUAAUAUGGACCUAAGCUGGUCUAAGCUGCUUUAGAAUAAGCCUGUAAUUGUAUGGUUUUCUGUUCCCAACCCGACGCCUAGCUUUUCUUCGCUUGAUAUUGGAGUUAGCUGGGUCGAGUCCCUAGCCUAUUUCUUAAGGAAACUUAUCUUUAAUUUUUCAACAAUUGUUGCGUUUUGGGAUAUAGGCUGUAACGGUCAGUUUCAAAAUUGAUUUGUCAGAGAGGCGUUUAUCUAUGGGUUGACCUUUGAAAGAAUUUCAAUAAAUCGAAUAAAAAGGGUGUAAGAUAGUCUCAAGCUUACUGGGAAACUAAGUCUAACAAUGUUCAAUAAUUUGUUAUAACCUUCUUCACUUGCUCUGUUUAUCUUUUCGUUAGUUUUCUCAGACACCUCUUCAUCUUGCCUGUUGGUAUGGACAGGAAUCUGUUGUCAAACUGUUGUUAGAACAGGGUGCGAACGUUAACGCUAAAGACAGAGUAAGUUCAGUCGAUGGUUAAACGUUUCUGACCUUGAAUAAAGAAGCUUUUUUAAAUUAACUAUGGUUCUGUAAGGUACGAAAGUAAGAUCUAGGAUUUAUUAAUUGAAAUUUCACAUCUCUUAAACCCAUUACAACGUGAAAUUGGCGUUUUAUAAAAGCUUAGGUUUUUGUAACCUCGCGUUGCAUCUCUAAUUUUAGCUAUAUUCUUCUCUUUUAAUGCAUGAAGAUUAUACAAAAAAAAAAACAAACAAAAACAGUGCAAGAGUUGAAGCCCUAAAGUGUUUGAUAUCCGGAAUAAUCAAGGUCUCGGUUAGUGUUAUCAGCCUCAGCCUUCGGCUUCGGCUGAUAACACUUACCUCGACCUUGAUUAUUCCGGAUAUCACAAAAACCUCAUCCAAUAAUUGUUUAAUAUAUAUAAACCAAAUAUUUAAAACUGUCCCAGUACCCCCAUUUGUCCUACUACUCUCUUCAAUUUCGUUUUCUUCCUCCAAUGAAUCGGAGCUGCACAAAGACCCAACUUCAUUAAUCAAUCAAUUUGAUGUUGUUGUUGUUGUUGUUCAAUGGAAAGCCGCUCGUUGUAGGAUUCACUUGAGGUCCGUUAUGGUCCAUUAUGGACUUGCGAAAGUGUUAAGAGGUGUAAAAGCUCUUCAAACACGCAAAAAAUCUGCUAAUGGUUUUGAAGACUUAAGGUAAACUUUGUUGUUGUUGUUACACAAUUCAGUUCGACGUACGGAAGAAUUAGGCUUAUAAUUUCUUUACAUUUGUGACGAAACUUCGGAGUACCAUUAAAUAAUUUCAAACCAAAGUUUGUAGCUUUUUUGUCGCUGCCGGUAUGGCAUUUUUUGUCUUUUUCUGUUGUUUCGUCGGUAGAAAGCUCGCGAAAUCUACUUUUUUGUGUCGCUUUGCCCGAGAGAAAUUUUGUUGUUUUCUAUAUAAGGUCAAACUAAGGUAAAUGAGCUGAUAACCGAGGUUGAGUGAACCAAUCAGAAUGCUAGAAAUGCAUUAUCCGAGGUUGAAAAUUUAAUAAAAUAAUAUAUUUUAGUGUGCUUUCGUUGUCCGUUCACUGAAGGGAAAACAAUUAGGACGCCUGGAGGACUUUUUACAGUAUUGUAGAGGUGCAGAUACCGUAUUUAUUCGAGUAAGCGCCCAGCCUCGAAUAAGCGCCCACACCCAACCCCAACCCCUCUCAGUCCCACUCAAACUCCACUAAGCACCCACCCCCACCCCAACCUCUUCCCCUUCCCAGAGACUUCCCCGAAGACGUAGGGACAGUUAUUUAAACGGAGUUUAACCUGUGUUUACCAAAACCGCGUUCUAAGUCACUUUCAGUUUGUCCAACGCUUUUAUCUAAACACCAUUUGUCGUGAACAGUUUAACUAGAGCAUAUAGUGUAGACUAGAAAAGUAUUUAUCUUCUAAAAUGAACCAAGAGAUUAUAACCAACCUGUAGUUUUCCUCAGAGGAAUUUACAGAAACCUUGCUUUGUCAAAUCUUCGCGUUUUGUUAUUAACACUUUUUGUUUUGUUCAAUGUUGCAAAAUAAACAUACUACACUUGCUGAAAAUGUUAAAAAUUUAAUAAGCGCCUAGGGCGGUUAAUCGAAUAAAUACGGUGGUUAAGUUAUCGGAAUGGAUAGGACUUGACUAGUGAAUGCUGGCAGCAAUACGAGUCCACGCUCAAGCCACGUGCUGCGCGGGCGCGAAUUUAUAAACCUCGGCUUUGCAGGGUCCGCGUGAAAAGCCAUUACUUUACGUUGAUCGUUUUUGUCAUCACAAGGCAUAGAGACGAUGAACGAGAAUCAUAAAAAACAGUACCUAUUUUUCUCUUAUUUAGGUUUCUUCUCUUGACAUGAUUUAGGUCUGGAAGAGGCGGUUAUCAGCUAUAACUCAAGUAUUGUAAGGGGCAGUUUAUAUGAUACCAGGAUGACUUUCAUUCCGGAAUAAGUUCGUUCCAGAAUGAACAUCGUACUACAUUCACAUGUUAAAAUCGAAAGUCUCAGCCUAGAUAAGAUACUCGUGCGCCACUCGCCCCAGACUACACGAUUUGCGAGUUUCAAUGCGGAACGAACUGUGUUUUCAGUUUAAAUGAUUUCAGUUUACAUCAUACCCAAACGAAAGUUUCAUUCGGAUUGAAGACCGGAUUGAAUUCAUUCCGGAAUGACUUGUACGGGAGCAAAAUUUCUUCUCGGUAUCUUGUGAACAGAUGCAAAGAAAUAUAUGUAGAUGGCAUGAACUUGUUGCGGAAUGAAAGUUAUUCCGGUUUCAUGUAAACAGCCCUUAAGGUGUGUAGACUGAUGGAUCUUUAUUCACCUUCUAAAUAAAAACAGGCGUCAAGAGGUUCUCUACACAAGGCUGCUAUUAGUGGACAAUGCGAGACGCUCAAAAUGCUUCUUGACAAUGGUGAAGAUGUGGAUCAAAGAGAUCAGGUUUUAUUUUAGUGUUUUUGGUUAUCAGGUAAAGAAUUUAAAGGGUAAUAUGGACCUAAGCUGGUCUAAGCUGCUUUAGAAUAAGCCUGUAAUUGUAUGGUUUUCUGUUCCCAACCCGACGCCUAGCUUUUCUUCGCUUGAUAUUGGAGUUAGCUGGGUCGAGUCCCUAGCCUAUUUCUUAAGGAAACUUAUCUUUAAUUUUUCAACAAUUGUUGCGUUUUGGGAUAUAGGCUGUAACGGUCAGUUUCAAAAUUGAUUUGUCAGAGAGGCGUUUAUCUAUGGGUUGACCUUUGAAAGAAUUUCAAUAAAUCGAAUAAAAAGGGUGUAAGAUAGUCUCAAGCUUACUGGGAAACUAAGUCUAACAAUGUUCAAUAAUUUGUUAUAACCUUCUUCACUUGCUCUGUUUAUCUUUUCGUUAGUUUUCUCAGACACCUCUUCAUCUUGCCUGUUGGUAUGGACAGGAAUCUGUUGUCAAACUGUUGUUAGAACAGGGUGCGAACGUUAACGCUAAAGACAGAGUAAGUUCAGUCGAUGGUUAAACGUUUCUGACCUUGAAUAAAGAAGCUUUUUUAAAUUAACUAUGGUUCUGUAAGGUACGAAAGUAAGAUCUAGGAUUUAUUAAUUGAAAUUUCACAUCUCUUAAACCCAUUACAACGUGAAAUUGGCGUUUUAUAAAAGCUUAGGUUUUUGUAACCUCGCGUUGCAUCUCUAAUUUUAGCUAUAUUCUUCUCUUUUAAUGCAUGAAGAUUAUACAAAAAAAAAAACAAACAAAAACAGUGCAAGAGUUGAAGCCCUAAAGUGUCAAAAAAAAAACAACAACAACAACAAGAUAAUUGAGUUAAAUAAAAAACGUGUUUGGCGAUUAAUUUUCACAAGAGUGAAAAUCUUUUAAUAGUAAUCUGGUUUCACAUGAGGAAACCUAACUCGCCUUCUUUUUAACAUAUUAAUUGCCUUUGUUGUUUAAUUUCAUAUAAUGGAGCUCGUCCUUGGUAUUGCGUGUUUUAAAUUAUUACUCAAAAACACAACCAGGAUUACAAAUUACCAUUUGCUUCACUUUUUCUAGUUUCAACGUACCCCUCUGCAAAAAGCGGAACGCCACAAUCACUACUCCAUAGUGCAGUUACUCAUGAACAGUAAUGCCAGGCCAAGUUACCAACAACCGGUAAGAUAUAUACUUUAAGGGUGUGCCUUGCUUUCGGUGAAUUAAAAACGAGCCUUCCAUUCAACUGAGAUUCAACACGUUAAGUGAUUGGGAAUUGAAGCCUUCAAGACUUUGAAAAUAGCAAACUGGCCAGAGAAAAGACGCACUUGUAGACAUCAUUCAGUGAAUUUACUGUUUCAUUAUCAUGAAAGUUAUGCUUUUGGAGUGGCGGGUAAUAAUUGCCCCUUUUUUCGAUUUUUGUUUACUGAGUAAAUAAUAAUAAAUUUACUGGUUGUGUUGGUUUUUAAAACUCGCGGCGAGAAAGGAGCACUAACAACAAGAAAUCUGGACAAGUGAGCGUGCUCGAGGGUUCCUUCUAUGACAUUCAAGGAGCCAAAAAAGCAGGAUAGCAGCGCCCUGCUUUACAAAUCAGUACUACAAAAAGGUGCAUAAAUCGGUGCACACUCCGACUAAUUUCUCAAAGAAACUAUAUUUACAAUGUGAUACUCUACUCGAUUUUUAGGCACAGUAUGGAUGAAGGGGUAAUUUAAGCAUUAUUUAAAGAAUACGACGUGUUUCGGAUGUAUCAGUAUCCAUCGCCAGUUCACAUAAUUGUGACCUUAAAAAAAGUUUGAUAACUAACUUUAUGGAUCAUAAUGUUGAAUGUGAUUACGAUUUAACUUACUUGAAGACUCUUAUUUUCAUGUUCUCUGUCAUUUAUCUUGAUUUCCAUCCACCUUUUGAGUUGUAUUAGCGAAGUUAAUUACGUCAAAUUAUGAUAAUUGUAAUUAGUUAGUCAGUGAGAGUGAUUUUACUCGAACCGUGAAAUAGGUAGUAGAAUACUACGCAAUAUUUGUUAGAAUCUGUUUCACGCUUCAAGUAAAAUCACGGCUCUAUAAUGAUCACCUUUUGCAAUUAUCAUCCUUUGUUGUCUAUCUUUAUGUAUGAUUACAAUUUUGUGAACUUUAGUAACCUGACGAUGGAUGUUGAUGUAUCCCAAGCGCGUCGGUUGUGUUCUUUAAAUGUUCAAUUUUCAUUUUACUACUACUGAAUUUCGAUGAACGAUAAAUUAUGUGCUGUGCUUUAUUUUUAUCACCUCAGUUAGAUUCAGAUUCUAGGUAAGUACACUGACUCGUUUUAUCUUCUUGCUUGUAGUUAAGUUUAAAGUCACUUGCGGAGAAGGCAUUCUUGCGUGUGGAUACUCGAUCGGGAUUUAACAUGCUGACUGCGGCGGUCUUUGAAGGAAACUAUAACGUUGUUUCCAAGGCGUUUGUACUACUCGAUAACCUUGGAAUGCAGAUGGGAAUUUCAGCAGUUGCUGAUACUCUGGCAAAUCUGGAAACCAAAAGGUCUGGUCAUCACAAAAUUGAAAGCCUUUACCGAGAGACAGUGGAUAAAGUCAAUACACUGUCAGAGCUGCACCAGUGUAAACGCGGUAAUGAUGCGGAGAAGGCAGUAGAGCUUGUAUUAAAUGAUGGCCUGGAUAUAAACACCCCUGCAUUGUGCAAUCGCACACCCUUGUUGUGGGCGAGUCUUUCAUCUUCUGGCGAGUUUAUUGAGACCCUUAUCGACCUUGGUGCUAACGUUAAUGCUCAAAGAACCGAUGACAAAGAAGCACCUUUAAUCUUAUCUUCUGGUUGGAACAACUUCAUGGCAGUGUACUUGCUUUUGAAUCAUGGAGCUGAUGCUAAUAUCGCCAGAGCUGAUAAGUAUACUCCACUGUACUUGGCAGUGAUGAAUGGUAACCAAAACCUUGUCAAAUUAUUUCUGGAAAAGAACGCGUUAGUAAAUACUCAAACUGCUUAUGGCAAUUCACCACUGCACUCAGCUGUCAGCAACGGAUUUUUUGACAUUACCAAGCUUCUAGUUAAAAAGGGAAGCAACGUCAACCUUCAAAAUAAAGAAGGAAGAACCCCUCUUUUUUUUGGUGUAAAGAACAAACAAAAGCAGCUCAUCAAAUUCUUGAUUGAAAACGAGGCUGAUGUAACUAUUGGAUACAAGGAAAACACUACCGACAUAAUUUACCUAGUUCGAGGGAAAGACAGAGGUAGAGCAGUUUGGCACUAUGUCCUGGUGAAGAAACAUUUGUUGGGUUUAUUUCUGAAGCGAACGAAAGGAGGCAGUCUUGACGUGGCAGAUUUUGGAGAUAUUCUUAGGAGUGGUCGGGGAAAGGAUCCUCCAGAAGGCACAAUUGACAAGAUACUUGAGGAGUGUGACUUUAAGGAAAUACCUGGUGAGACCGUUCUUCACAUUGCAAGCAAAGAAAACAACGAACCCGAGAUAAUCGAUCUUUUGGUUAAGUCCGGGGCAAAUGUCAACGCCCAGGACGCUGAAGGGUUCACUCCCCUGCACAUGGCAACGAUCCAUGGUAAUCUAAAAAUCGUGAAAAAACUUGUUGAUCUCGAAGCUGACGUUAAUAUCGUCACAACCGAUGGAAAGACUGCUGCUGAGUUAGCUCACUUGAAUGAAGAACUGGAGAUUGAGGAGUAUCUCGAGUCGAAGAUGGCUUCUUCGAAAAGAACCAAAGAAAAAGAGGAUGACUUCGAACUUGCAGCCUCAGAUCAAGAAAGAGAGGACUCUUUACGGAUCGACACAAGCUCAGAUGUUCUUAAGGUGGGAUAGUUUUUAUUGUUAAUUAAUAACGCAUUAAUGAAUAGCAACUGAGGUCAAGUGAAUCGGAAAACCCUAGUUUUAAAUACUCUGAAGUCUCUUCUUACUUUUCGAGAAUUGUCGAAUUUUAAACGGUUCUGACUCUAAAUCUUAUUCGAUGUUUUAGUGCUACCCGUGAUUGUACAUUGAGGUAUAUGAGGGUCUCAAUGGGGUGGUGGCUUUUACGGCUUAUCGGCUAAAAUUUUGGCUCUUUUACGGCUAUCGGUUAAUUUAUUUCAGUUACGGUUAACAAAAAAGUUAAAAAUUAAUUUCUUUAGUUUCAAAGAGUUAAAUAUUAAUGAACCUGUAUUUUUGGUUUCUUUAAGCAAAAUAAAGGUCUUGGGAUCAUCUCGGGAUGAAAUAAGUUAUUCUUUUGAAACAUUUUAGCAUUUGAUAGAUCAUACUUUUAAGUAUUCCACUUCUAAUAUUAUUUUACCCACAGGAAUGUCAACGGUUACUUUUACAAAUCUAGGGAACAGUUUCUUUUACGGUUAACCAUUUUUUGCCCUAUUUACGACUAACGGUUAAAAUUUUUCAAUUUUUACGGCUAUCGACUAAAUUUUUGGACGUUUUACGCCUAUCGGUUAACCCCAUUAAGACCCUCGUAUAUUGCUUGCAUCUUCUAAAUUUGGUGAUCGCCAGCUGAUUUUGAAGAAUUAGCCAGGAGAUUAAAGCCACUCAAAAACGGCGAAAUGUUUUGAAAGAAUAACAAAUUUGUUUAAUCAUCCUAGGAUAAGAAGCAGGUCCUGACCCAUAUGGAGAGAGCUGAGAAAGCAAAAGUAAGUUGAAUGACAUAUGUAUUGUAGUGUGCGCACGUUGUCCAUUUAUUCUAGGGAAAUCAAAUAUGAAAACUUUAAUCAAAGAAAGAUUUAGAAAUUCCAUAUUAUUAACGUCUUUCUCAUAAAUCAGAGCACAGGCUUAAUUCUGAGUGGCAACAUUGUCAUAUUACUGUAUACAACGGCGAGCCCCCCAACAAUAGGCUGAUUUAGCAACCGAACGGGAACGUCAUUUGACGACGGCGCGCGCAAAUCAAACAACUGGUUUGACCAAUGGCAGAACGAGAAAUAGGGCACCGGAAGUCUAGUUUAGUUCUUAGCGCGCGCUUUCCCGUUCUGUUGCUAAAUCAGCUUAGUAGAACGAGUAGGACGGUAUGGGGGACUUUUCACAGGAUUGAUUUGUUAUUAGUGUCUCCAGUAUUUAUGCUGGCUGCAUGAGGCUGGGUAAAAGUCGGGAUUUGAGGAUUGGCAAGUCUGUAGGUUCGCCCACGAAAAUUUAAACAGUGGCCUUCAGUUUUUUUUUUCGAGGUGAUACUUGAUCAAGAAAUUCGUGUCCAUCCUAACCUGAGAUCAGGCUCAAUUUUCGUUUUGCUUUGUAAAGAACAUUCCGGCGGGCAAGGCGAAACGAAAAGAGAGCCUGAUACAAACCUUCUACGAAACGUCUGCCGCCUUUUUUGAUGUAUUGACAUUUGCCGAAUCAGCCAACCAAAAUUACUUCCGUUUCUUGUUUUUUUAGUAUGCAAAUUUUCCAUAAGUGGGAAUAAUGCAGACUCGCUGACUUAAAAAAUAUCUUUUAUCUUUUUAAUUUUUUCAACUAAAAAUAAAACAGUCAGCACAAUCAUAUUUAACUUCUUGCGAGAUUAAAGGAGAUCUCGAAGGUUAUUUCUAUUGGCGUACAAGGUAAAAAGUUUUCAAAAAGACGGAGACACCAGAUGUUCUAGUUUUAAUGUUUUGGCUAGGCGCACUCGAAUUUAAAACACUGAAUUUUUUCCUUUUGCCUUUAUAUUUUCCUUGGCAGUUUUCUCCGAUUUUCAGUACAUAAAUCUUUUAAUUAAAAAUCUUGGAGAAAUAUAUCGCGAACUUUUUAAAAGGAUAUAUAAAUUAUCUCAGAACAAAGCAACGAGUUCUCAAGUGCAUUUAAUUUAGGUGAUUUAGUCCCGUACUUGCAAUUUGCGAAUUUACUAGAGAAACAAACGUCUAAAAAAAUAUAUUUCUUUAUAAAUCCAUGUAAACAUUAUCACUUUGGAAAGCUAUGGGCAAAACGAAAAACAAUAUUACAAACACACUUUGUAGUUCUCCUUUAAUUAGUUGUGUUGUUGUUUUACUGCAGCCUGAAAAGCUCGUUAAAUUUUAUUUUAUGUAUCGAAAUUAACAAACAGCAAACAGCUAACGAGCGAGGACACCAGUUUCCCUGGUUUAUUUUUUACAAACCUUAAGAGUAGCGCCACUAGCUUUUAUGAUAAUGCCAACAAAAAUUCCUUGAACAGCGAUGACGCGAUGUUUUUCGUCUAAUACUUCACAGUUGGCGCUAUUGAGGUUUCUUUCGCAAUGAGCCUCCGCUUGCGUACCCCGUUCAGAAAAGUCAUUCCCGGCUAAACUUUCAAAUAAAACCACUUUUAAGAUGGACAGUAUUUUGAUCUGCACUCGUUUGUUAGUAAAUCAAAAAGCGCCUUGUUAGCGGUCAACUACUUGCAGAGGGAUUCAACUCCGCGAUACACUCACAUUAGUUCCGCAAAUAAAGCAAAUCCAGAGAAGAUGUGAGCAACCAUAUGAAUUUUCUGAAUUUCCAUGGCACAUAUUAAGGCAUAUUUUCCUGACAGCAAAAUCGACCUCUCUCUUCCCCGACGGCGGAUCAUUCACGAAAACAACCACGAGAGGAAUAAGCGCUUUCAACUUCCGGCGUUUCCGACAGCCAAUCAGAUCUUGUGGCAUUGUUCUAACAGCCAAUCAGCGUUACGGCCAAAAUCUGGCCGUAACGAGCACAAACGUGAGAGAGUUUGUAUCAGGCCCAAUUUUAGCGGUGGCCGUUAGAGAGAAUGUAUGAGAACCGCUAAAACUGGGCCUGAUCUCAGGUUAUGUGCAUCCUCAAUCCACGUGCUGCGCGUGCAAGAACUUAUAAACCUCGGCUUUUCAGAAAUGUUGAACUUUCCCGCGUGUAAAAGUCAUUAUUAUACAUUGUACCAACUAUCUGUCUUCUCAUCGGCUAAGAGCCUACAGUUAAUUUUGGAAAUCAGCGCAAUCUACAGAUUAGCAGAUAACUGACUAAUCUGUAGGUUGCGCGCGCAACGCAUGAUUUCCAAUAACAGUAUCAAUUCAAUUUUCUUGCGGAGGUGUAUUUGUCGUUAUUUUCUUCAAAACAAUGUAUCAAAAAAAAACAAUUAUUAUUAGGUUUUUGUGAUAUCCUAAAUAAUCAAGGUCUUGGUAAGUGUUACCAGCCUCGACCUUCGGCUCGGCUGAUAACACUUACCCCGGCCUUGAUUAUUCCGGAUAUCACAAAAACCUCGUCCGAUAAUAGAUUGUUACUUUACGUUGAGCGUUUUUGUCAUUACAAUCUAUUAACUUUCUACAAAACAAUAAGAUAAACAAUAACUUAAGAUAAGUCACACUACAAAAUUUAAACUAGAAUAUAGCAUACAUGAAUACACAAGCAUACAGGCGGGGACACCUCAAAAGCGAGGGCCAAUUACUGCGAGCUCAGGACACAGACACAAGGUAUAGGUACGAUGAACGAGAACCAUAAAAACACUACCCAUGUUUCUCGAAUUCAAGUUUGUUUGUUUCUUUUUGACACGAGUUAGGCCUAGAAGAGGCGUGUCAGAUCUGUUGUAACAUAAAUUAAUGUAAUCAAUAAAUGCAAGGUGUGUAGACUGAUGGAUAUGUUAUUCACCUUCUGAAAAAAAAAACACAGGCAUCAAGAGGUUCUCUACACAAGGCUGCUAUAAGUGGACAAUACGAGACCGUUGAAAUGCUUCUUGAAAGUGGUGAAGAUGUGGAUCAAAGAGAUCAGGUUUUAUUUCAGUCUUUUUUGUUACCCGGUUUAAGAACUUAAAAGGGUAAUAUGGACCUAACAGGAGAGAUUUUGAAAAUGAUUUGAUCAAAAAGUCAAACGCUAAAAGAUUUUUAAAAUACAUUUAAAAAACAUUUAAAAAAGUGAACGACGUUUCGGCGCUACGUUACGCCAUUAUCAAGCUGAAAAGUGAAAAAGCAUAAGGUGUAAAAUGAGUAUAUAAAAUUUGAAAUAAUACAUAAGGUAAGAAAAAAAAAAUGUACGAAAGUGUCACGUAAUAGUUGGUGCGAAUGGAGUCGGCUUGUGUGUUAAGAGAAGGCUUGAUGUCCUUUAUGUAUAACAUCUCGUAGACUAAGCAAUCAAACUUGCUGUUACAUUUCUUCAGAACUUUGAAAAGAUGGUCAGCCUUUGUUCUGUUGUUGCUAUGCUGUGUUUCAAGGUGUUUGCCGAUGGCUGAAUAACGGUGUUCACUUAUGCCUUGAUGUAAGUGUCGGGCAGUGUACCCGACAUAAUUUGCAUCGCACAAAUCACAUUGAAAUAAGUAUACAACGCACUGAGUGUUGACGAUCGGGGGCUUGUUUGCCUUGACACUCAUGUGGGUUUGUGAGUAGACAGUUUUCUGCUUGUAAAGACGGGUUUUUCGUUAACAUCGAUCUUGACUCCCAGAGAAUAGAUAUCUUUGCGUAUCUUUGCUCGAGCAAAGUGUUAAGCUCAGCCGGCUCAUAAUUUUCUAUUUCAUCAGUAGUUUCCUUAUCUACACACCAUUUCUUCCAAACAGGAGCCAAAAACAAGUGCUUUUCGCAGUGUUUUCGUUUUUAGAGCAGUUUUUUUUUUCAGCUCAUCUACAGUUGUUUCGGUCGCAAAAGCAAAGGUGCUGCAAACGCCAACCAUUGUGGUUUUUGCUCGAAAUUGGUCAGGAGCGGAUCCAAAUUUUGCGCCAUUUAGAUGGCGCAUUUGAUUGGCUCUCAGUGAUUUCCUUUGUUUAUUAACCAAUCAGAAUGUCACGUUUGUUACUGUUUUCUACACUAAAUUAUCUUUUUUCUGCACUCAAUUACCUUUUUUCUGCACCUUGUUACCUAAAAACUGCAUUUCUUUUAGCCAAUCACAAUCGAGAAACUUUUUCAUGUAUAUAGUCCAAUAAAAGCCUCUAGUUUUAUUUUAUGCAUGACCAUCAUUAUUGUUGAACAAGCUGACUUCUUUCACCCUUUUCUAAUUGUUUUUUCCCCUCCCUAUUUCUGUAGUUUUCUCUGACUCCUCUUCAUCUUGCCUGUUGGUAUGGACAGGAAUCUGUUGUCCGGUUGUUACUAGAGCAUGGUGCGAACGUCAAAGCUAAAGACAGGGUGAGUUAGUGAGUUUUUUUCUAUUGAACAAUGAUGGGGAGUAUUAAUUGAAGGAAGAUCAUCGCAGUUAUAUACGCAAUUUUUGCAGUUGCAAAAAGAAAGCCUGAAAAAAAGUCAGGCUUGUACGGCAUUCGAACCCUUGACCUCUGUGAUACCGGUGCAGCGCUCUACCAAUUAAGCUAACAAGGCAACUGGGAGCCGGUCGUUGAAUUGGUUCGUUAUAAACCCGUGAAAGGAUGAUGAUGAAGUUAUGAAUAUAUGAAAAUCAUAUAUUCGUAACUUCAAUGAUAGGGAGCGUAAGCAACAACGAUGGCGACGUCAACGAGAACGGCAAAAAAGCAAAAGGUUUAUUAAGCAAAUCAUAGCCUCUGGGAGGAGACGUUUUAUGCUUAAAGGUCGUCAUUAGAUUUUGUUACACAGCAAUUAAUUUAGCUCACGCUACAAAACGUAUGUCCAGGGCUGUGGUAAGCAACGCAUGUUACUCUGCUUAAAUGUUUUUAGUUUCAACGUACACCUCUGCAAAAAGCUGAACGUCAAAACCACCACUCCAUAGUGCAGUUGCUUCUGAAGAAUGAUGCUAGGCCAAGUGUUCAUCAACCAGUAAGAUAUCAGAUUUUGUCAGUCUUCCCUGAUCCAUUUUGCCAAACGUUGUCUUUCAGAUGGAGUUCUACCUAAUUUGUUUAACGUUACCUAUACAUCAUCGUACGAGUCGCCUCUAUCUUUUAGAUACCUUAUAUUUGUUGUUAUUUAUGGAAUUACUUACCCAGGAACCUUAGAACUGAAGACCUAAGCCUGUCUUUCAUCAAAAAACGUUGCGGAGAUUUUUACAAAAAAAAUAGCCUGCGAGCAAGCUCUCCGGAGCAAUCUGGCGGCUGGGCGGUAAAGGAAGAAGAGCUUGCAACUACGUCUCUGGAAUUUGAAUAUCUACAUCGAAAAAUUCGAUGCGAAAUGCUGAUUGGCGGAGAUGACAUUCGUAAUGACGUCAUUGCCCUUGGCACUUGUUUUUCAAUGUUUGUUUACAUUCGCGCUCGUUUCCGCUUCGCGCUUAUUGGCGGAAAUCUGACAGCUCAGUCGACGGGGAGCCGUAGUUGCGAGCUCUCCUUGCUUUUCCUGCCCCGCCGCCAGAGCGCCCCGGAGAGCUUGCUCGCAGGCUACAAAAAAUAAGAUUAGGGAGGUUGAUCCUUAUCGCCCACAUGUUACCUGGGCAUAAAAAUCAUAGCGUAGCCUCAAAUCAUAAUUAUCAGUUUAUAUGUGUUACUUUUUGUGACAACUUUUUUUUCUUUUCUUUUUUUUUUUUUACAUUGUUAGUUAUAUUUCAAUUGAGUCAGGGUUAGCUCGUAUGGUUCGUCUGUUCUAAACUAGUCGUUCCCCGUUGCUCUCCACGUGUAUGCAGUGAAAACCGAUUAAAUUCAAAUUAAAAAUUUUAAAAUCUUAUUCAAAUUAAAAUGUGUCUAUUUGCGAUACACGGGAACACCAUUACUGCGUUUUUCAAAAACACGCGAACUCUGAAGUUCAAAAGCCGCCUUCACAAUUAAGUCUUUCGCUGCCGUCAAUCAUAAUUCCAAUCACAAGCAACGACCUUGGAUCACAGAAAUAUACAGCCUCGUACCCAGGCCAGUUCGCGCUAUCCGAGUUACCAGAGGAGGCUUGGAACCGAGUGCGAUAGUCCUCGGCGAAUUUUGCAGACAAGCUUGACAGGUGACGUCUCAUUCGAAAUAGCCGAGGACGACUGGGAACGAGGCUGAGAAAUUUACACAAAAUGGAUCGAAAUCCACCAAUCACAAAUCACAGACCAUGACCUUUUGAACCCACUGAAGUAAACGUCUGUUUCCUAAGAGGUCCGCUAAGAAUGUUAUGGCAGCGAAAAACGCAAACGUCAGUUGACUUUUGAACUUCAGAAUUCGCGUGUUUAUGAAAAGCGCAGUAAUCGUUUAUGUUGCAAAACGGUACUUUUAAGCAUUAGAGUCUAAUGAAAACCAUCUUUAUUAUUUUCGCUCAUGAACGUAACAUUUUUAUUAUAGGUCAGUCUAAGAAAACUCUCCAGAAAAGCUUUCUUGCAAGUGGAUAAACAAUCUGGAUUUAAUCUGCUCCAGGCUGCUGUCUUAGACGGAGAAUACAACAUUGUUUUAAAUGCUCAUGGCCUUCUUGACAAAAUUGUAGAUGAGAUGGAACUUGUAACAACGGGAAAUAACGCCAAAGAGUUUCCAGGGAUGACGGCGGUUGACAUCUUAUCUCUUAUACAGAUAAGAAAACCAAGUCAUCAUAGAAUCGAAAGACUUUAUGACAAGUGGGCUAAGGACAACAGCAGACUGACUGAACUGCAGUGGACUACAUGUGAUGAUGAUGCGGAAGAGGCAGUUGAGUUUGUAUUAAAUGACGGUGUAGAUGUUAAUGCUUCAGGGUCAAACAGUGAUUGGACAGCUUUGCUGUGGGCGAGUCGUUCAUCCUCAAGUCAGUUCAUUGAGACCCUCAUUGAUCUUGGAGCAGACGUUAAUGCUCAAAGAAAAGAGGGAAAAGAAACUCCUUUAACAUUAGCAGCUGACUGGAACAACUACAUGGCAGCGUACUUGCUUGUAAGACAUGGGGCUGAUGUAAAUGUACAGAUUAAUAAUGGGUUCACAGCACUGCACUUAUCAGUCAAAAAAAAUCACGAAAAUCUCAUCAGAUUAUUACUUGCAAACAAAGUGGAUGUAAAUAUUCAUGAUAAAGAUAAACAUACACCACUGUUCCUGUCAGUCCGGAGAAAUGACGAAAUCCUCGUCAGAUUGUUUCUUGAACAUAACGCGGAUGUAAAUAUUCAAGGUAAUGAUGGAUAUACACCCCUGCACUGGUGUGCCAGAGAGGGUAACGAAAACCUCUGUAGAUUGUUACUUGAACAUAACGCGGAUGUAAAUAUGAAAGAAUAUUCUGGAGAUACACCCUUGCACUGGUGUGCCAGAGAGGGUAACGAAAACCUCUGUAGAUUGUUACUUGAACAUAACGCGGAUGUUAAUAUUCAAGGUAAGGAUGGAUAUACACUCUCGCACUGGUGUGCCAGACAGGGUAACGAAAACCUCUGUAGAUUGUUACUUGAACAUAACGCGGAUGUAAAUAUAAAAGAUUAUUCUGGAUAUACACCUUCGCACUGGUGUGCCAGAGAGGGUAACGAAAACCUCUGUAGAUUGUUACUUGAACACAACGCGAAUGUAAAUAUGAAAGAUUACUCUGGAGAUACACACUUGCACUGGUGUGCCAGAGAGGGUAACGAAAACCUCUGUAGAUUGUUACUUCAACACAACGCGGAUUUAAAUAUUCAAGGAAAAGAUGGAUAUACACCCUUGCACUGGUGUGCCAGACAGGGUAACGAAAACCUCUGUAGAUUGUUACUUGAACAUAACGCGGAUGUAAAUAUUCGAGAUUAUUCUGGAUAUACACCCUCGCACUGGUGUGCCAGAGAGGGUAACGAAAACCUCUGUAGAUUGUUACUUGAACACAACGCGAAUGUAAAUAUGAAAGAUUACUCUGGAGAUACACACUUGCACUGGUGUGCCAGAGAGGGUAACGAAAACCUCUGUAGAUUGUUACUUCAACACAACGCGGAUGUAAAUAUUCGAGGUAAAGAUGGAUAUACACCCUUGCACUGGUGUGCCAGAGAGGGUAACGAAAACCUCUGUAGAUUGUUACUUGAACAUAACGCGGAUGUAAAUAUUCAAGAUUAUUCUGGAUAUACACCCUUGCACUGGUGUGCCAGAGAGGGUAACGAAAACCUCUGUAGAUUGUUACUUGAACACAACGCGGAUGUAAAUAUUCGAGGUAAAGAUGGAUAUACACCCUUGCACUGGUGUGCCAGAGAGGGUAACGAAAACCUCUGUAGAUUGUUACUUGAACACGACGCGGAUGUAAAAAUGAAAGAUUAUUCUGGAUAUACACCCUUGCACUGGUGUGCCAGAGAGGGUAACGAAAACCUCUGUAGAUUGUUACUUGAACAUGACGCGGAUGUAAAUAUGAUAGAUUAUUCUGGAUAUACACCGCUUCAAUUA